AUGGUUGUUGCCGCAUUUUGGGAUGUCAUUGAACUCCGGAUGAAGGUCUUCGAUUGCCUGCGCGACGACAGAUGCGAUGCAGACUUGGCAAGCUGCGCACGCGUACACGGCACAUGGACCAACCUUGCUCUGAAUGCACUCUGGCUCGGCUACCCUCGAACACAGGAUGGUAGCGAUGGUGACCGUAACCGAAAGAGAACCGAAGCCAUUGCAUUGCUACCGCGGGACCGUCGUCAGGAUUAUGCUUCUCGCAUCAGCGUGCUUGACUUCUCCGAGCUCCAUAGUAUGCUUGUCCAUGCGAUGUUCGAUAGACUGAAGUUUCCAAGAUUGAAAGAGGUCAUCCUCAGCAAUUUCCACAACGAGCCGAAGAGAUUCCGACUCUCUAAAUAUCUUCAACCCACGCUCGAAAGCCUCAAAUUAGUGGACAAAUCAACCGACGAGGAUCACAAUUGGCUCACGUCCUCUUUCUUGGAUGAUGUCGCAAACAGAUGCCCUAGCUUGAAAGAAGUGUUGUUCUGGGCUCCAUACACAUCUAUCAAUCCUGUGGAUCUCGUGCAAUUCUUUCGGAGCAUUAGACCCCAGGCGAUAUCCCUUGAUUUUGGAGAAUAUGCAAGUGAGGUGCUUACAUAUGAUGUGCUGUCCGCUUUGUCCCAUUACGGCUGUCUAGAAAGCCUGGUCUUCGCUCCAGAUAAGGCAAAGUAUGCGGACAUUGAGGUCGAUCACUUGCAACGCUUCUUCGAUGCUACAGAAAAUCCAUUUCCGAGUCUCAAACGCUUGGAACUGGUCCUCGAAGAAAAUGCGAUCCCCUUAAUUCCACAGUGCUUUCCCACUGUUACAUGGUUACGAUUGGACGUAACGUCAUACCUCAGAGACGAAUCGAUCCUCAAACUUAUUGCGAACAUGUCCCAGCUGCAAAUCCUUGAGAUUGUGGGAGACGGUGAGAGGCGUGAAUAUAACCACACUAUACCGGCGAGAGCUUUCAUACCUCUUGGCUCGCUCUCCCAGCUUAAAUCAUUAAAGAUCGGCACCUCAUUCUAUCCUUCCUGUAAGCGUGAAGAGGGUUCCGAAGAUGAAGAUGACGGGUUCUUUUCCCCUGACGACAAGUUCCUAAUAGCGGAUGCGUCAGAUAUGUUCUCUGGACUUACCGCUCUGGAGCAUCUCUCUAUCAACACCCUUGAGUACGAGGGUCCUGAUCACCUAUGGGAGUCAAUCUCCGAAUUUUGCCCUAGACUUCGCUCUAUCGAGUUUGUGGGCGCGCUUGAGCUGCUGAACGUUGUUUCGCCUAACGCACCCGUACUCGAGAACGUCACGGACAUGGCUAUUGAACAGGUCAAAGCUUCAGAGGCUGCGUUGUACGAAUGA